UAGCGCUGCGCAUUGACAAGGGCCCUCUAUCGAUAUUUGGCUGAAGGUGGCUGUCAAAACAAUCGCUCUGAUUUCUUAGCUCACACUCACAGUCUGUAAAUGAAACCGUCAAAACCAUGGUGAGAGUGAUUGUGAAAGCCCAUUGGUUUCCUAAUAGCAAAGGCGUGGUCAUUCAACCCAAUGAGAUCGAGCACAUUGACCAAUUCUGCUCUCGAUUAAGUGCCAUUUUCAAGCGCCCCGUGGAACAAAUUUGGACCCAAUCCAACACGACCAACAACCCCACCUGGAUUGAAAUCGUGGACGGGUCCUUCAUAAGAGAUGAUGACGAGAUCUUUGUCAAAGGCCGGGAUGACCCUUUGCCGGAUGAGUCACAAAGUCGGAACUUGGCCAAAUGGGUCCACUUGAAUGUGGGUGGACGGACAUUUAUGACGUGCAAAUCCACCAUCAAUCUCCGAGCUCCCGAGUCCAUGUUGGCCCGGAUGUUCCAAUCCGAAGAAAUGGGCGCCAUUCCGCCCGGUCCCAAAGAUUCCCAACAGGCCAUCCUCAUCGAUCGAGAACCCGAAUAUUUUGGUCCCAUUCUGAAUUUCCUCAGAACCGGAACGAUCUGUCUAAAUGACGGGGUUAAUGCCGAGGGUGUUUUACAAGAAGCCAAGUUCUUCGGGAUUGACGACGCCGUGCCAUUAUUAGAAGAAAUGAUUUUGCAACAAAAACAGAAUCCGGAUGACCAGCCUUUAACUCGGCGAGAUAUCAUAGCUGCAUUAACCACGGCUUCAACCGACACGGUGUUGCGAUUUCAAGGGCUGAACAUGGCCGGGGCCGAUUUGUCCCGUUUGGAUCUCCGACACAUCAACUUCAAAUACGCCAAUCUCCGAGGAGCCAACCUAUCGGGGGCCAAUUUGUCUUGGUGCAAUUUGGAACGGGCAGACCUAUCCGAAGCCCAAUUGAGCGGGGCGCAAAUGUUGGGCGUCAAAAUGAUUUGCGCCAACUUGGAGCGAGCCACCAUGAGAGAGUGUAACUUCGACGAUCCUGCUGGAACCUCCGCCACUUUGGAGGGCGCUAAUUUGAAAGGAGCCAACUUGAACGAGAGUCACAUGAAUCGAGUCAUUCUUCGCGUGGCCACCUUAAAAAACGCCACCAUGAAAGAUUGCGAUUUAUGCUCGGCCGUUUUAGCCGGAGCCGAUCUCGAGUUUUGCGAUCUGUCGGGUAGUGAUUUAUGCGGGGCCAAUCUGCGGGGCGCCAACCUGAAGGACACGAUCCUGGCCUUGAUGCAAACGCCUCUGCACAUGUCGCAAACCAUUCGGUGACACCACGCCUGAUGUGACAAUUAUACCUACAACUACAGAGGACAACAAUCUGGUUUGGGCCAAGCUGAUUCCAAUCAAGGGGUACUUAAAGCUUAUUCAUUGAAUAUAUAAACUGAAGUUAUGCAUUCGCAAGCAAUUAUUCAAGAAUAGACCGGAUCAGAUCGA